AGCAGAAACUUCAGAAUUUACAAAGGAAAUAGCAUUGGCCCCAUCUUCCAGACUGAGAACACUGAAGGUCCGAAAGGUUAAGUCACUUGCUUGAAGUCAUAUACCGAGUGACUGGCAGAGCCAGAAUUCCAGCUCAAGGCUACCAGGUCCCAGAGCCCAAGCUCUUCUUCACAUGCUGAACUGACUCCUACCCACUGCUUGUUAAUGGUGGCCCCUGUGUGGGUUAGAGGCAGGUCUGGUGCUUAGGUAACAUGGAUCUCCAAAAUCUAGAAGAGGGCCUGGCAUGUCAUGGGCAUUUAGUUGGUACUCUUUGAAUGGAUGGGGCCAUUUAACAGUAAUGUCAGAAGCUGGAGAAGCAGCACAGUUUUAUGCCCAACUCAUUCUCCUCGAGUGGCCACCAAGCUGUCUUUUCCCCACGGAUGUGUAAGCACCCUGUGGGCAUGGACUGCAUUUGCAGUCAAUGCUCAGCGAAACUCCAGGUGAGAAUACUCUGUAGCCUAAGUUCCAGGGCACAGUGUCCUCAGUUUACUCACCCUCACCUGACCAGAGGGCAUAAUGAGCCCCAACCCAACAGGUGACUCUAAUGCCAUCUGUUGUUAUUACUUUCAAUGCUGUCAUUAUUUGUUGGUUGAAGAGGGACAGCUUUAGGGAAGACAAAUCUAGAGCUUACAGCUUGGAGGGAGGGGUGUGGUGAGUGAGGAGGACAAGGGUAGGAUCUUAAGGGAACAACCCCCCUCUUUCUCCUGACUGCCUCCAGAAGAACAAAGCCAUGAGCAGCGACCUCUUUAGGAGGACACUUUGAAAGGCAGAGAGGCCAGCCUGGCUGACAAAAGGGAAAUGGGUACAAGUCACAUCCCCACUGGCCCCAGGCUGUGCAGGAAACCUAGUGGCCAGGGCAAAGGCCUAAGGAAGCCAAGGCUGAUUUGCAUAGGCAAAGAACGUCUUCCUGGUCUCCUAGCCUUCCACAGACUUCCUGGGCCUGUAGGUGAGAGGUGGCCCUUGACAGGUGGCUAUGAGUGGGUCAGAGUGGCAAAGAACAGCCUUUGGGGUACAGUCUGCUCCCUGGGAAGGUAGGGAAGGCCCAAGAAGCAGAGCCCAAUCCUUCUUGGGACCAGGUCCUGUGGAAUUUGAAUGUCCUUGUCUAUCUGACCCAGGUUUUUCCUCUUCUGAGAGAAUUCUAGGCUACCUAAAGGUUGAUGCCUGUGGUCUGUCAAAAACUACCCUCUUCCAUCUGCAUCUAACAAUAAACCUAUAUACACCGGCAUGGCCGUCUGUCUGCUGCCCGCUCCAGCGCACCAGCCCCACGUUGCCUCUCAGAUGCUUCUUCCAAGGUCUUGGCUGACCUGGACCCUCGCUCCAGGGUCUCAGCUUUACCCAUUUCCUUUCCAUUCAAUUCAGCCCAUACUGCCUGUAAACUGAGCACUGUCCUAGGUGCUGGGCACACCGGGGUAAAUGAAACACAGCCCUCGGACAACCCACAGACUCACGGUUGACAGACUUAAAUGCAAAUUAGUCAAAUGUGAGAUGAUAAGGACUCUAGUAGAAGUCUGCACAAAACAGAAAGUAGAAAGCAAUUUGUUCAUUCUGAUGAGGGAGAGUGUCAAGGAAGUCUACAGAGAAGAGGUGACACUUAAGUACAGUCCUAAAGAAUUUGUAGAAUUUCGCCUGUUGAGCAAGAGGGGAGGUGUUGCAGGCAGGGGCAGCCGGAGCAAGGGCAGGGAAGCAUGCCCGCGCAUGGUGUGUUUGGUGUGUCCAGAGCUUAUGGUCCAAGUUAGUGACAUAACCACAAGCCCAACUGCCCUGGAGCCCAAGCUGAGUGGCACCAGGAUGAGGAAGGAACAUGCUGGCUGGCUGGCUGCUGCUCUCUUGAGGUCUGUGGCCUGAAAGGUGCUGGAAGCAGAGACUGUGACUGUGGCCUGGGACUCCAGAGCCCCGACCCACUGCCACCAUGGUGGGAAAAGGUGCCAAAGGAAUGCUGAAUGGUGCUGUGCCCAGCGAGGCCACCAAGAGGGACCAGAACCUCAAACGGGGCAACUGGGGCAACCAGAUCGAGUUUGUACUGACGAGCGUGGGCUAUGCCGUGGGCCUGGGCAAUGUCUGGCGCUUCCCAUACCUCUGCUACCGCAACGGGGGAGGCGCCUUCAUGUUCCCCUACUUCAUCAUGCUGAUAUUCUGCGGGAUCCCUCUCUUCUUCAUGGAGCUCUCCUUCGGCCAGUUUGCAAGUCAGGGCUGUCUGGGGGUCUGGAGGAUCAGCCCCAUGUUCAAAGGUGUGGGCUAUGGUAUGAUGGUGGUAUCUACAUAUAUCGGCAUCUACUACAACGUGGUCAUUUGCAUUGCCUUCUACUACUUCUUCUCAUCCAUGACGCAUGUGCUGCCCUGGGCCUACUGCAAUAACCCCUGGAACUCACCCGAUUGCACCGGCGUGCUGGACGCCUCCAACCUCACCAAUGGCUCCCAGCCUGCCACCCUGUCCAGCAACCUCUCCCACCUGCUCAAUCGCACCCUCCAGAGAACAAGCCCCAGCGAGGAGUACUGGAGGCUGUACGUGCUGAAGCUGUCAAACGACAUUGGGAACUUUGGGGAGGUGCGACUGCCCCUCCUGGGCUGCCUCGGCGUCUCCUGGGUGGUUGUAUUCCUCUGCCUCAUCCGAGGAGUCAAGUCUUCAGGGAAAGUGGUGUACUUCACGGCCACAUUUCCCUAUGUGGUGCUGACCAUCCUGUUCGUCCGUGGUGUGACCCUGGAAGGAGCCUUCACCGGCAUCAUGUACUACCUGACCCCACAGUGGGACAAGAUCCUGGAGGCCAAGGUGUGGGGGGAUGCUGCCUCCCAGAUCUUCUACUCACUGGGCUGUGCGUGGGGAGGCCUCAUCACCAUGGCUUCCUACAACAAAUUCCACAACAACUGCUACCGGGAUAGCGUCAUCAUCAGCAUCACUAACUGUGCCACCAGCGUCUACGCUGGCUUUGUCAUCUUCUCCAUCCUGGGCUUCAUGGCCAAUCACUUGGGUGUGGAUGUGUCCCGUGUGGCAGACCACGGCCCUGGCCUGGCCUUCGUGGCUUACCCGGAGGCGCUCACACUACUGCCCAUCUCCCCACUCUGGUCCCUGCUCUUCUUCUUCAUGCUCAUCCUGCUGGGGCUGGGCACUCAGUUCUGCCUCCUGGAGACGCUGGUCACAGCCAUUGUGGAUGAGGUGGGGAAUGAGUGGAUCCUGCAGAAAAAGACCUACGUGACCUUGGGCGUGGCUGUGGCUGGCUUCCUGCUGGGCAUCCCCCUCACCAGUCAGGCAGGCAUCUACUGGCUGCUACUAAUGGACAACUAUGCGGCCAGCUUCUCCUUGGUCGUCAUCUCCUGCAUCAUGUGUGUAUCCAUCAUGUACAUCUACGGGCACCGGAAUUACUUCCAGGACAUCCAGAUGAUGCUGGGAUUCCCACCACCCUUCUUCUUCCAGAUUUGCUGGCGCUUUGUCUCUCCGGUUAUCAUCUUUUUCAUUCUCAUCUUCACGGUGAUCCAGUACCGGCCAAUCACCUAUAACCACUACCAGUAUCCAGGCUGGGCGGUGGCCAUCGGCUUCCUCAUGGCUCUGUCCUCUGUCAUUUGCAUCCCACUCUACGCCGUGUUCCAGCUCUGCCGCACAGAUGGGGACACCUUCCUCCAGCGUUUGAAAAAUGCCACAAAGCCAAGCAGAGACUGGGGCCCCGCCCUCCUGGAGCACCGGACUGGACGCUAUGCCCCCACCAUACUGCCCUCUCCUGAAGACGGGCUUGAGGUCCAGCCACUGCACCCGGACAAGGCCCAGAUCCCCAUGGUGGGCAGUAAUGGCUCCAGUCGUCUGCAGGACUCCCGGAUAUGAGCACAGCCCCCACCCCACCCUGUGCUCCCACCACAGAGACUAGGGAGGCAGUGGACAGGUGUCACCGCCUGCCCCCGCCAUGCCCUGGCCAGGGCAGCUGCUGUCACCUUGGCCACCACUGCUAGCGCGGUCAUUCGUGCUUGUGUCCCCAGUGUUUACAGGUCCUUUGGAUGCCAAGAUGGCAGCUGGGGGGAGGGGGAAGGCAGGGGUGCCCAGUGGGGGGCCAAAGCACUUUGAAAGGGCCUCGGGCUAGGUCCCCAGAGGCCUGUUGGGCUUUAUGUGGCCUAUGAUGCCCCCACACUCUACCCUGAGCUGAGGUUCUGGGUGGGCCCCCUACCUGUCCCUGUCUUUGGGCCUUCAGCCUCCUGACCAGUGUCCCUGCCCUCAGAGCAGACCCCAGCCUCUGCCCAGGCAAAUGUGGAUUUCCUACCUGGGGGCAGGGUGAGGGGCUAGGGGGCUGUGCAGUAUUACUUGUCAGGCUGUGCUGCCCAGUCCUGUUUGUCUGUGCAAUUAUUUUUGUAAAAAUUGUGUUAUCUGUGGUUGCCACUCCCUUGCCCCAAGCCUCGGGCUCAAUCUGUCUUCCGGGCCUGCCUGCACCUCACUCGGCUGUGCUGGGGUUUCCGCACCUCAUGCCAGCCCUGGCUGCCAGGCCUAGCCAGCAGAGACCCGUGACUCAGCAGCUGCCCAAAGCACUAGUUUCUGGGGGUUCAGAGGUAGAGUGCUGCUCAGCAGGAGGUCUGAACCCAGAGCCCUGGGGAGGGGGACCCUACAUGACACCCCCUUGCCCUCCCUCCACCAGGCUAAAGGCCCAGUCUUCCCAAAUUGGGCUGCCCUUGUUCAUGUGCCAAAUGGCCCCAGCCGCGUGCCCUAUCCCUUCUCAGGAGCCAGAGCUCCUUCUCCCGAGCCCUACAGUGUCCAUUUGUCCAUCCUAUGUGCCCCUCUGUGCAGUGACAGACCCGGCAGAGCUGCCUCUAAUUCUCUGUAGCAAUAAUGGUGCGCCGCCCACCCCUGUCCAUCCGUGCACCACUAGGAUUUUAAAGUCCAUAGAUUUUAAUGAAAUUUCUAUUCCUGUC